AUGACCCGCGAGCUGGUGCUGAUGGUGAGCCUCGGGCUCGUGCUGUUGGCGUGUUCCCGAGGCGCGGAGGCGCGUGUCAGGCUCAACUCCAUCAGGACGGUGAUCCUGAGGGAGGGGCACGCGCUGCCGGUGAACCGGAGCACGUGGGAGCCGAGUCUGGACCUGACGCUCUACCAGUGCAUGAGCGACCUAGAGUGCAGCGAGGGGAGCUAUUGCCACGCUCCCUCCAAAGGCCCCGCCCACUCCCGCUGCCAGACCUGUCGUAGGAGGAAGCGGCGUUGCCACAGGGACAGCAUGUGUUGCCCAGGAAACCGCUGCAGCAACAAUAUCUGUGUUCCUGACGUGGACAGUUUUGCGUCUCAAAGGAUUCCAGGCUCCGAUGGAGAGACGAAUCCACUGUCCACAAAGAAAGGAUGGAAGAAGAGAGGAAGAGUGGACGCCAAAGGGGCCGCUGGGAAAGGUCAGGUCGGGGAUCCCUGUUUGCGCUCAUCAGACUGUUCGGACAGUUUGUGCUGCGCCCGUCACUUCUGGACUCGCAUCUGCAAGCCGGUGUUGAGGGAGGGACAGGUUUGCACGCGACACCGCCGGAAAGGGAACCACGGCCUGGAGCUGUUCCAGCGCUGCCCGUGUGGGGACGGGCUAAGCUGCCGAACGCUGCGAGAGCCCGGCGCCCAGUCUUCAUCAUCAUCAUCACCUUCAUCAUCAUCAUCACCAUCAUCAUCAUCAUCGUCGUCAUCGCUCCUGGCAGCAGCGGCAAAGUCCAAGUUUGCGUCGUCCUCUUCCUCGUCUCGCCAUUCGUCUCCUCACACAUCUUUGCUGUCUUCAACUUCUUCAUCGUCAGCAAAGUCGUCAUCAUUGUCAGCAGUGGCAAAAACGAGGCUUCAUGUGUGCCAGAAAAACUGAGGAAGGAUGGAUGGAUGGAUAGAAAGACAGACUGAUGAAGGGGAGGUGAGAGGAAGAGUGGUUUGAAGGGAGGGAAAGACUGAAGGAAGGAACGACCUCCCUCUCUUUGCCCAUGACCAACCCCAGAGGGAUCGAGAGGCAGAGACAGAAAAACA